AUGGCCUCUUACACUUUGCAAAUUGUUCUUCAUCUGCUUUUGCUGGUGCACCUGUUUCUGAGGGGGGCGGCGGCAGCGCUCGGGCAGGCGCUGAUCCCGUACUACACAGGGGUGAUCAUAGACUGCGCGUCCAUUGAUCCGGACUUCAAGGAGUUCCAGUGGACCUGCCUGAAGCUGGUGAUCGUGUCGCUGGGCUGCGCGGUCUUCACGGGCAUCAGGGGCGGCCUGUUCACCAUAGGCAUGACGCGGCUGAACGUGCGGAUACGCACUAGCCUGUUCGACUCCCUGAUGCGGCAGGAGAUCUCUUUCUUCAGUUCCACGCGGACAGGUGAGAUCACCAGCCGGCUGUCGGCAGACACAACAACGGUGUCGGACCAGAUCUGCCUCAACAUGAACGUGGGCCUGCGCAGCCUGACACAGGCGGCCAUGGUGCUGGUGUUCAUGUUCCGAGCCUCCUGGCGCCUCUCAGUCAUCACAUUUAUCAUUAUCCCCGCCAUCAUCCUCAUCACCAAAGUCUACGGCGCCUACUACAGGGAGCUGGCAAAAGCGGUGCAGAAGGAGCUGGCGGAUGCCAAUUCAGUGGCUGAGGAGGCGCUGUCAUCCAUGACUACUGUGCGCGCGCAUGCUGCCGAGAACUCUGCCAAGGCGGCCUACCAGGAAUGCCUGCGGAAAUUCUACACGCUGCAGUUGAAGGAGGCCCUGGCUUAUGGGACCUACAUGAUCUGCACCACGUUCUUGCCCAAUGCGGUCAAUGUGGUGACGCUGUACUACGGUGGGAAUCUGGUGCUUGAUGGAAUGAUGUCAGCUGGGGCUCUCGUCUCCUUCAUGCUGUAUGUGGCCUCCUUGAAUGGAGCCUUUCAGGCACUGGGGGACGUCUUUUCGGCGUUUGCGGCAGCGCUCGGGGCGGCGGACAAGGUGAUAGAGCUGAUACAGCGCGAGCCGCAGUUACCGGACGCGGGCAGCCUGCAGCCGCCGUCCUUCUCUGGCCGCCUGGAGCUGCAGGACGUGAGCUUCAGCUACCCCUCGCGACCAGACUCGCGCGUCCUAGACUCCAUCUCCCUGCGGGUCAACCCCGGCGAGGUGGUGGCGUUGGUGGGGCCGUCGGGCGGGGGCAAGACAUCGAUAGUGAAGCUGGUGGAGCGCUUCUAUCUGCCGGACGCGGGCGCCGUACUGCUGGACGGCCUCGAAGUGGGCGCCUACGACCCCCGCUGGCUCAAGCGCAGGGUCGCCCUCGUAGCCCAGGAGCCGGUGCUGUUUGCGCGCAGCGUGCGGCGCAACAUCUGCUACGGGCUGGAGGCGGAGGACGGCGUGCACCCGAGGGACAUCCCUUCGGCUGCUGACGUGGAGCGCGCGGCGCGGCUGGCCAAUGCGCAUGACUUCAUCUCCGCCAUGCCCCAGGGCUACGACACCGAUUGUGGGGAGAAGGGAGUGUCUCUGUCGGGAGGGCAGAAGCAGCGCAUUGCCAUUGCAAGGGCGCUGGUUCGCAACCCGACAGUUCUACUUCUGGACGAGGCGACGAGCGCGUUGGAUUCUGACAGUGAAGCGGUGGUGCAAGAGGCGCUGGACCGUAUGAUGAGGAAUCACACCGUGCUAGUCAUUGCCCACCGUCUCUCCACAGUCGCAGGCGCCGACCGCAUCCUGGUGAUUCAAGGGGGCUCAGUGGCAGAGGAGGGAACGCAUGAAAGCCUGGCAGAGGCUGGAGGCCUCUAUUCAGCACUGGGCAUGUUGCAUCCUACAAAGCCCCCAAAAAGUAUCUGA